ACAGGUUCCUCCCUCGAGCGGGCGGCAUUCUCUCCCAACAGAUCCAGUGGACUUUUCCAUCAUCUCCUUGAAUCAUGUUGAUCUACAGCAGGGUCGUGACCUCUUUAUGUCUCAUUUACACUUUGACUUCAGCUGUAGAAGAAAAAACAAACUUCACAGAUGCUGCUGUAGAGACUCACAUCUUGAAUCAUGUGAAGACUCCACUGCUGGUCAAAUCCAGUUUCCAUGUGUAUCUUGAGGGAAAUGUGUUUGAAGAAACCUGCGCUGUGGUUCCGUUCAGAUCUGAAACCCUGGACAGAUGUAGCUACAACAGAAGUGAUCCACUGGUGCUGAUCAUACAUGGAUGGACGAUGAAUGGGAUCAUGGAACAGUGGAUCUUCAGGUUGGCUUCUGCUCUGAAGAUCAGGAUUGGUCAGGUCAAUGUGCUCAUCAGUGAUUGGAGGAAUCUGGCCCUGAAGCCUUAUCCAAUCGCGGCCAAGAACAGCCAUCAGGUGGGACAGGAUGUGGCUGUGCUGCUCAAGUGGCUGGAGGAAGCUGUCCAGCUCUCCAUGGAUAAAGUGCAUCUGAUUGGCUACAGUCUGGGCGCACAUGUGGCUGGAUCAGCAGGAAGUCACUUCAGAGGCUCCAGGAAAGUCGGCCGCAUCACUGGUCUGGACCCCGCCGGGCCGCAGUUUGAGGGUCUCCCUGCGUCUGACAGAUUGUCUCCUGAUGAUGCGCGGUUUGUGGACGCCAUUCACACGUUUGCCAUGAACAGUAUGAUGCUGGGAGUGGGAAUAAAACAAACGGUCGCUCACGUGGAUUUCUAUCCAAACGGCGGCUCGUUUCAGCCCGGCUGCAAGAUGCUCGACAUCUACAAUAAUGUUUAUCAGUACGGACUGCAAGGUGUACCCAAGACGAUUAAAUGUCCCCAUGAACGCGCAGUCAAACUCUUCACCGACUCUCUGCUCAACACCAGCCAGCCCAUAAUAGGCUACCGUUGCCGAGACGACAGCACCUUCAACAAAGGCCAGUGUCUGGACUGCAAACAGAAGCGCUGUAACACGCUAGGCUACGACGUCAGACAUGUGCGCGCGGGAAAGAAAGCUAAAGGCCUGUAUAUGAAAACUGGUCCAGAUUCUCCUUAUAAAGUGUUUCAUUACCAGCUGAGAGUUCUGCUGCUGAAUGGGACUGAACCCGUCAAGACUUCUGUGACGGUUUCACUUAACGGAACCAGAGGAGAGAGCACAGACUUAUCCACAGUACUGUAUCAGGAGAGUGCAGGUGAGAAGAGCUUCACAUCUCUCAUCACAGUGGACACUGAUGUGGGUCAGCUGACGUCCAUCACACUGGUCCGCAGGGGUGAACUGGUCUGGUCCAGCUGGAUGAGACAGGUCCGAAACAUCAUGAGCUGGACCGGACCGGAUCAGGAUCUGGAACUCAGUGUGUGGAGAAUCCGGAUCAAAUCAGGAGAGACUCAAGAGAAGUUGUGGUUCUGCGGUGUGUCCGGUGAAGUGACCAACCUCAAAGUGUCUGAGGAGAAACUGUUCAAACGCUGCGAGACUUUAAAGAGACAGAAACAGAAAUCAAAGACUGUUCACAUGAGCACACAACUGAAGACACACACACAACACAACACACAACCAAAGACGCACACAACACACACACACAACACAACACACAACCAAAGACGCACACAACACAACACACGCAACUGAAGACACACACAACACAACACACACACACAACUGAAGACACACACAACACAACACACACACACACACACACACACAACACAACACACACACAAACAAAAACACACACAACACAACACACACACACAACACAACACACAACCAAAGACGCACACAACACAACACACGCAACUGAAGACACACACAACACAACACACACACACAACUGAAGACACACACAACACAACACACACACACACACACACAACACAACACACACACAACCAAAAACACACACAACACAACACACACACACAACUGAAGACACACACAACACAACACACACACACACAACUGAAGACACACACAACACAACACACACACACAACUGAAGACAAACACACAACACAACACACACACACACAACACACACACACAACACACACACACAACUGAAGACACACACAACACAACACACAACUGAAGACACACACAAUACAACACAACACACACACACAACACACACACACAACACAACACACAACCAAAGACGCACACAACACAACACACGCAACUGAAGACACACACAACACAACACACACAACACAACACACAACCAAAGACGCACACAACACAACACACGCAACUGAAGACACACACAACACAACACACACACACAACUGAAGACACACACAACACAACACACACACACACAACACAACACACACACAACCAAAAACACAGACAACACAACACACACACACAACUGAAAACACACACAUAACACAACACACACACACAACACACACACACAACUGAAGACACACACACACAACACACACACACAACUGAAGACACACACAACACAACACACACACACACACAACACAACACACACACAACCAAAAACACACACAACACAACACACACACACAACUGAAAACACACACAUAACACAACACACACACACACAACACACACACACAACUGAAGACACACACAACACAACACACAACUGAAGACAUACACAACACAACACACACACAACACACACACACAACUGAAGACACACACAACACAACACACACACACACACACACACACAACUGAAGACACACACACAACACACACAACUGAAGACACACACACACACACACACACUCACUUACACACACUGAACACACACACACACACACUGAAGACACA